UUCCGAUCCGCGGCGCACGCGGUUUUUUGUAUUUGUAAACAACUAACAUCAUGCUGGCCAGUAUCAGCGAAAAAAGCUACGCGGCGGAGGCACGCUACACCAACUUCUACGCCGGCGGCGACAUCGCCUGGAGCGCGGAUGGCCAUCAUCUGUACUGCCUGAAUGGAGCCGUUGUAAAUCAGGUGGAUGUGCAGACAUCCCAAAUCCAGCAGAGUUUCGGGGCAGCCGCCUCGUCGGCGGAGAACAAGAGAUCGACCGAGCAGGACAACAUCGAUGUCGAGGAUGACGCCAUCACCUGCUUCGGACUGUCCCAGGAGCACCUGGUCACCGCCCACCGGAGUGGCCUGCUCAGGCUGUGGCAGCUGGCCACCGGCAAGCUGGUCAAGCUGUGGAAGGCCCAGCACAAGGGGCCAGUCAUCCGGGUGGAGUUCAGUCCCUGCGGCAGGCUAAUCUGCACCAGCGGCGGAGCGGACGCCACACUCAGACUGUGGGACUACUCGAACAACAGCUGCCUGGGUGCCCUCAAGGAUUUCUCGGGCCCCGCUUGGCUCCUCGUCUUCCAUCCCAAUGUGCUGCGCAAGGAGAUCUACGCCGGGGGUGCGGACAACACGGUCUACGCCUGGAACUACGAGACCAAGACGCUGCUGCACAAGAUGCGGGGUCACCUCUCGCAGGUUACUGGCCUGAGUUUCAGGAGCAACUCGUCCGACUGCAAUGAGGUGGUGACCGUGAGUCGGGACAAAGUGCUGAUCGUGUGGCAGCUGCAGGAGCAGUUGGAGAGCAGGCAGCUGAAGGUUCUCCCACUGUACGAGGAACUGGAGGGAGUCGUUUACGCCGAUGAGGGACGCCAGAUAAUCGUGGCCAGUGGGUCGGGCAAGUUGCAGCAGGUGGACGCUCAGUCGUGGAAGAUCAGGGACCUUCUCUGCCAGUCCGAUUUCCAAAUCAGCAGACUGCUGCACUGCAGCGAGCUCAAGCAGUUGGCACUGGUCACCACGGAGCAGAAUAUCCUUGUCUAUGACGUCGAGAGUCUGGAGCCCAUUAAGCACCUGGUGGGCUACAACGACGAGAUUCUGGACAUGUGCUUCAUGGGCGACAACGAUCGCUACCUGGCCGUGGCCACCAACAGCAAGCACUUCAAGCUGUACGACACGGAGCACGACAUGAACUGCAAGCUGAUCGUGGGCCACUCGGACACCGUCAUGUCCCUGGCUGCCUCCCAGAAUCUGCUCAUUUCCGUGGGCAAGGACUGCAGCGUGCGGCUGUGGCGGCUGCAGCACGACAAGGACUGCUCGCUCGAGGCUCUGACGCAGCAGGCCAACUGCCACACAUCCACCAUUGGCUGCGUGGCCAUGACGCACAACGGAGCCACCGGCUUUGCGUCCGUCAGCCAGGACGGCAGCAUGAAGGUGUGGCAGCUGGCCAGGUCCAAGGAGGAUCGCAACGCGUACUCCUUCAACCUGCGCUACGCAGCGCUCUCCCACGACAAGGAGGUGAACUGCGUGGCCUAUGCCCCGAACAACAAGCUCAUUGCCACCGCAUCGCAGGACAAGACGGCCAAGGUCUGGCUGGCGGAGUCCAACUCGCUGCAGGGCGUGCUGCGGGGUCACACGCGCGGCGUGUGGAGUGUGCGCUUCUCGCCGGUGGACCAGGUCGUGCUCACCUCGUCCUCGGACUGUACCCUGCGCCUCUGGUCCAUCGGCAACUUUGCGUGCAUUAAACGCUUCGACCAGGAGUGCACCAUCCUCCGAGCCGAGUUCCUGGAUCAUGGCAAGUUCAUCCUUUCCGCCGCUUCGGACGGGCUUCUCAAGCUGUGGAACAUCAAGACCAACACAUGCCUGCAGUCCCUAGACGAGCACAACGAUAGAGUCUGGGCUCUGGCCGUUUCCGGCAGGAGCAAUCGGAUCUUCUACACCGGAGGGGCUGACUCCAAGCUGAUUCGCUUCGGCGAUGUCACGCAGGCAACGCGCAACGAGGCACUGGACCAGCGGCAGGCCACCUUGGAGCAGGAGCAGACACUCCACUCACUGCUGCACGCCCAGAAGCAACUCCACAAGGCCUUCGUGCUGGCCUUGAACCUGAACAAGCCGAAGGCCAGCUUCGACAUUAUCAACCACUUUGUGCGGCAGCGGGAUGAGCCUGGACUGCGCCAACUGGUGGACCAGCUGAACGUCGACCAGCGUGUGGCGCUGCUGCAGCACGUCAAGGCUUGGACCACCAACUCGCGGCACUCGCAGGUGGGCAACCUGAUCCUCAAGCACCUGAUAGGCGAUGCCCUGCAGGAUCCCACGGCGAGAUUCUACAACAAUGGCAACAUGGUCGAGGUACUCACACCCUACGUCCAGCGCCACUUUAAGCGGGUCACCGAACUGAACAAGGAGCUGGCCUUCCUGGAGUUCAUUGUCAAGUGCAUGUAGACCAUAGUUUUUGAUUAGUUUCUACCACGUUGCAGUUUAAAUAGUUGUAGGAAAAUAAAGUGUACAAUUUAAUAUUUUAAA